CGCCCCUCAGCCGACGUCACCCAGGCUCCGCAUCUGCUGCAGUCGCUGCGGGGAGGAGGCGGCGGCGCGAGCGCGGCAGAGAUGGCGUCGGCUACUGACUCCCGCUAUGGGCAGAAGGAAUCCUCGGACCAGAACUUCGAUUACAUGUUCAAGAUCCUGAUCAUCGGCAACAGCAGCGUGGGCAAAACCUCCUUCCUGUUCCGCUACGCCGACGACUCCUUCACGCCCGCCUUCGUCAGCACCGUGGGCAUCGACUUCAAGGUCAAGACCAUCUACAGGAACGACAAACGCAUCAAGCUGCAGAUCUGGGACACGGCGGGGCAGGAGCGGUACCGCACCAUCACCACCGCCUACUACCGCGGGGCCAUGGGCUUCAUCCUCAUGUACGACAUCACCAACGAGGAGUCCUUCAACGCCGUGCAGGACUGGUCCACCCAGAUCAAGACCUACUCGUGGGACAACGCGCAGGUGCUGCUGGUGGGGAACAAGUGUGACAUGGAGGACGAGCGCGUGGUGUCCUCGGAGAAGGGGCGCCAGCUCGCCGAGCACCUGGGGUUUGAGUUUUUCGAGGCCAGCGCCAAGGACAACAUCAACGUGAAGCAGACCUUCGAGAGGCUGGUGGACAUCAUCUGCGAGAAGAUGUCCGAGUCGCUGGACACGGCCGACCCCGCGGUCACCGGCGCCAAGCAGGGCCCCCAGCUCACGGACCAGCAGGCCCCCCCCCACCAGGACUGUGCCUGCUAGGGGCCAGCCCCCCCCC